UCAGCUCGUUUCAGUACCGCCCUGCGGCGGCCGCGGCAAAGGCGCGAUGGCUGACCGCGGUGGCGGCGGCCCUGCCCGGGCGCCCAGCCCGCGGGGUUCUCCAGAGCGGGUUCCGCGGGCUCCGCGCGGGGUCGGGCCGGGCGGCAGCGGCGGGGAGACCCCGCGGACGGCGGCGCUGGCUCUGCGCUUCGACAAGCCCAUCAAGCAGGCCUUCUACAACACGGGGGCCGUGGUGUUCGUGUGCCUGUGUUGCGGCGCCGCCGUGCUCGUCUGCUUCAUCCUCGAGGCCUUCCUGCGGCCGCUGCUGUGGGCCGUGCUGUGCGGCACUUUCCUGCACCCCUUCAAGAGCUCGCUGACGCGCCUGGGCCGCCACUGGCUGCAGCGCCUGCACCGCGCGCACACGCCCAUCGUGCUGGCCGCGCUGCUGCUGCCGCUCUGCUUCGCCGACUAUGGGGUCGAGGCGCUGGGCGAGCAGGCGCUGCGCCGCCGCCGCCUGCUGCUGCUGCUGGGCGCCGGCGGUCCGCUGCUCUACGGCCUCUACUGCCUGGGCAGCUACCUGGGCGUGCAGGUGCUGCUGGCGCACGCGGGCGCGCUCAUCUGCCGCGGGCUGGACUACUUCAGCAGCCUGUGGAUCUGGACGUUGGUGGUUGGCUAUGUGUUGGCCGUUGUGUUCAAGUGGAACGCAAGCACUGAACGCUACUUGAGAGCAGUUUCAAUUCCUGUCUGGAUUCUGUUGCUUUUUCAUUUGGCAUCCCUGACUGGCACAUGGAGAAUUCCAGUCUUCCUGAUUAUUGUUUUCCUCAUGUCUGUGGGCACCCUCUACGAAAAACAGAAUGGAAAAGAGCCUUCUGGGGCAGAGUUACCAGGACAAGUCAUCUCCAUGGCGGCUUCUACUCUGGCCAACUUGGCCAUCUCCAUCACGGGCUAUGAAUCCAGCGGUGAAGACCAGCCCUCCACUCAGCCCACAGAAACCACGGACCAGGGAGAGCCAUCUCCCGCGUUGUCCUCCUCUUCCUCCGCUUCCUCUCCUUCCUCCCCUUCUCCCACCCUGGGCAGACCAAGGCCUGAGAUGGGGACGUUUGUUAGAAAGAAGAAAACCAGUGACGUCUACUUUGUGUGUCUCGUGUGGGCCAUCAUCGUUGUUCAGAUCUGGCUGAACCUGUGGAUUGUGCAGCUGCUCCCGGUGCCCGUCGCAGUAUGGGUCCUCAAGAAGCUUAUCAUUCACUUUGGAGUUGUGGACUUUCUGGAAAAACGCUGCCAUGUGUGGUGGCAAGUCAUCGAGCGCUUCUUGAAGGAGCGACAGGAAGCUCUAGCACCCUGGCCAGUUAUUGGACUUGGAAAGUUCUUGCUAAAAGUCGAUAGCAAGAUGAUCAUCUGGCUGGAGAAGAUGUUAGAUAAAAUCAUUAGCAUUUUCAUCAUAUUCCUGUUAGUGAUAGGAACCCUUCUUCUAGCCCUGCUCCUGACUGCAAAGGUACACCAGGAGAGUGUGCACAUGAUUGAAGUCACAAGUAGUUUGAUUAAUGAAACUCUAACAAAUCACCCUGAGUGGGCAAAUUGGCUUCCUGAGGCGCAGGUGGUCCAACGAGCCCUAAAUUCUGCGGCUAACAAUGUGUAUCAGUAUGGACGAGAGUGGAUCACCCACAAGCUUCAUAAAAUUCUAGGAGACAAGAUGAACAACACUGCUGUAAUUGAAAAGCAAGUGUUGGAGCUCUGGGACAGGCUGUAUCACUCUUGGUUUGUAAAGAACACAACACAUUCUGGGAGACACAAGGGGCAGAAGCUCCAUGUGAGUCGACAGAAUAGCUGGCUGGGAGACAUCCUGGACUGGCAGGAUAUCGCUACUUUUGUUCAUGAGAACAUCGAGACAUUUCUUUCGAUGUUAUCUUUUGACUUCCUAAUAUGGAAGAUCAAGAUCCUGGAGUCUCUGUGGAUUGUCAUGAGCCGGAACGUGAGCCUGCUCCUCACCACGGUCACCACGCUCCUGACCAUCCUGUUCUACAGCGGGACUGCCCUGCUCAAUUUUGUGCUCUCUCUGGUGAUUUUCCUGACCACACUGUUUUAUCUGUUAAGUUCCAGUGACGAGUACUACAAGCCUGUGAAGUGGGUGAUAAGCCUGACACCUCUGUCUCAGCCAGGCCCCUCCUCGAAUAUUAUCGGCCAGUCUGUGGAAGAAGCUAUCAGAGGGGUGUUUGAUGCCUCCCUCAAGAUGGCUGGUUUCUAUGGAUUGUACACCUGGCUGACUCACACUAUAUUUGGCAUCAAUAUUGUCUUCAUACCUUCAGCAUUAGCAGCAAUUCUUGGAGCAGUGCCCUUCCUGGGGACAUACUGGGCAGCGAUACCUGCUGUUCUUGACCUGUGGCUGACACAAGGAUUAGGAUGCAAGGCCAUUUUACUGUUGAUUUUUCAUCUUUUGCCAACAUACUUUGUAGAUACUGCGAUAUAUUCUGAUAUAUCAGGAGGGGGCCACCCUUACCUGACUGGCUUGGCAGUGGCUGGUGGAGCCUACUACCUGGGCCUGGAAGGAGCAAUCAUUGGCCCCAUUCUCCUCUGUAUCCUUGUGGUUGCCUCCAAUAUCUAUAGUGCCAUGCUGGUGAGUCCCACAAAUUCCAUGCCCACGCCAAACCAGACCCCGUGGCCUACGCAGACCCAGCGGACUUUCCGUGAUAUUUCUGAAGAUCUGAAGUCUUCAGCCAACUGACGUGGUUUUCACUGCAGGGAUUCCUCGAAGGCAGCUCAGCCUGGACAGUGAGCCUCUGCUCAGCCGUUGUCUUCCCCCAUUCUGGCUGUGCCCGGCAGGCAAGAGCCUUGGGAGAAGCAGAAGCCUCCGGGCCUUGCUCACAGAAUGCCUGGACAAGAGAGAACUUGCUGUUGCUGCUCUGCGUUUUAAAGCAUGGUGUGAGAGUUCAGAAAUGUGGUUUGCUCACUUAACUAUUGCAAAGAUGGCUUGAAAAGCUUGUUUAUACACUGGUUCUCUGGAUUGACAUUUUUCCACUUCGUUUAUAUGAUUGUAAUAUGUAUUUAUAAAGUUACUUUAAGAACUAU